AUGUCUAAUUACUUUGGUGGGUUCUCCCUCAAUAAGCUCACAAACAGUAUUACGAAUGUGGCUCAUAAGACUCAGGACACUUUGAGCACAGCAAUUGCAAAUAUCCAGCUAGAUGACCCACAGGCAAAGCUCUCGUUGAAGGCCAGGAAACAUUACCUUCAGGAGACUCUGGGUACGAUUGAGGACAUCAGCAAGCUCCCACCCCAGUACCAGUUCCUGGAGAAGAAAUGCGACUCUUUGGAAAAGGUGUGCAGGCGAAUGCUAGUAGUGACUAAAACCUAUGAGGUUGAGGGGUAUGACUAUCCCCCUAACCUCAGCGAGAGUCUCUCGGACUGGUGGUCUUCAAAUAAAGAGGGCUUGUUUGGCUUUGUGAGCUCCUCGAAAAAGGAGAAAAAGCUCGAACCGGCAGAGGAUUCCAAGGAGGCCCUCAUGCCUAGGUCUUUCGCGCAGGCUAUUUCAAAAGCGGCGAAGGACUCCGGAGAAGUUAUGACUGCCCUUAAGACGGAAGAGCAGAAAGCCUCUGCAGAGGAAGACGAGGAGGAUGAAGAUAUCACAUCACUCAUAAAGAUGUUCGAGGCUUGGUCAGCAUGCCAACACAAUAUGGACCAGAGUAAAGCUGAGAUGGAUGCGCUUAUGGUAAAAGAGUUCAACCAUAAGCUCACCGCUUUUGUCGAGGAAAAGUUCAAAAAUGCGCGUACGUUACGUAAGAAAGUCGAGGAUUCGCGACUCAAGUUUGACACCAUGCGCUAUGAGCUAAAAAUGGCUGAAGAACAGGGCAAGACCGAAGAGGCCGCACAACAGACUGAAUCGCAAAAGCCCCAAGAAGAUGAAGCGGAAGCUUCGAAGGACUCAGACAGCUCGGAUGAAGCCCAGAAACUUCUAGAAAAGCUUGAGGACGAGUUUGUAUCAAACACAACCGAGGCCGUGGAGACCAUGGGCGAAAUCACUGACAGUGCCGAAAUCAUCAACUUAGUGAAGCUGUUCCACAAUUUCCAACUCAUAUACUAUAAGCAGUGCGUCCAGAACCUGGAGACCAGCAUCAACUCGCUGAAUGAGUUAGAAGGUGAUGAAGCUUAA